AUGGACCCUUCAACAGACAUCAACAACAACCCUCCGCAGGAUCUCCCUGUCGACCUGAGCCAGAACUUUCAUGCCGCCGCGAUGGAUCAGGUCCUUCCCGAGGCUCUCCAGGAAGUCGCGCCAGGCGCCAUACCUGAGAUUUUUCCCGGCAUGCUGCCCACUGGCGAAAUGUUCAUGCCUCAACUGGCACAGACACAACACUUUGACCCGAGCCAACAACUGUUCCAAGCAAACGGUGUCAUUCCUCCCAUACCGCACAACGCCAUCAGCGCUGAUGAAAUCGCCCUCUACGACCGCCAGAUUCGCCUCUGGGGCAUGAAGGCCCAGGAGAAGAUUCGCGGCGCCAACAUCCUGCUCAUCACCAUGAAGGCCCUCGCCAACGAAGUGGCCAAGAACCUCGUCCUCGCAGGCAUCGGCUCCCUGACCAUCUGUGACGGUGACGUUGUCACCGAGGCCGAUCUCGGCUCCCAGUUCUUCCUUGCCGCCGACCACUCGCUCGUUGGCCAGAAUCGCGCCAAAGCCGCCGCUCCCGCCGUCCAGAAGAUGAACCCACGCGUCGUUGUGCACGCCGACGCCGAACGCGUCCAGACCAAGGGGUCCAGCUACUUUUCGGCCUUUGACAUUGUCAUCGCCACGGACCUCGACUCCUUCACCCUGAACAUUGUCAACACAGCGACUCGCCUGCACAACAAGGCAUUCUACGCUGCCGGCUGCCACGGCCUCUACGGGUUCAUCUUUGCCGACCUCAUCGAGCACGACUACGUCAUCCAAAGAGAGCUCAGCAACGUCGCCACCAAGCUCGGGCCCGAGACUCGUACUCGCAGCGUCGUCGAUGUCCAGACGAAGAAAGAAGGCGGAAAGACCAUCGAGUCCGUCACCAAGCGCGAGCUCUACUCAACGUGGUACCUCGCCAGCGACGUCGUCGCAUCCCUGCCCCGCGAGUACACCCAGACGCCCCGCCGCAAGCGCGCCGUCACCCCCGCCCUCUCUUGCCUCCGCGCUCUCUGGGAGUUCCAGACGCUGAGCGGCGGGCGCCUGCCGGGGCACACAAAGGAGGAUCUCGGCCUCUUCACCAAGCUGGCGACGGCGCAGCACGCGCAGCUGGGCCUCCUCUCCGAGACGCUUCGUUCCGAGACGCUGCGCAGCUUCCUCCAGAGCCUGGGCGGUGAGAUGGCGCCCGUCGCCGCCAUCCUCGGCGGCCAGCUCGCGCAGGAUGUCAUCAACGUCCUCGGCCAGACGCAGCAGCCCAUCCAGAACACGGUCGUGUUCGACGGGAACACCAUGGAGGCAAACGUCUACCCGCUCCACCCCUCCGGCGCCCUGGGCCGCGACCUCCUGUCGGAGAGCAUGCCCGCCGCCCUGCCCAACGGUGGCGUGGCCCUCGGGGAUCCGGGCAUGAUGAUGCCCAUGUCGAUGGACGGCAUGGACUUUGUCGGCGCGGCGCCCGUGGUGACGCAGUAA